CCGACCUCACGUCCUCAACGUAAAGUGGUGCUGGUGAGAAGCUAGGACGCCUGUCCUCUCCCGGGAUUUUGGGGUGAAAUAAAAGCCGCAAUCAUGGUUUUCGAGAGGAAAAUGAUCACAUUCGGCGACCCAGACGACGAGGAGGAAGAUGCUCCCGAGGAGGAAGAAGAAGAAGCAGCAGAGGAAGAGGAGGAGGAAGAAGAAGAGGAGGAAGACAUGGUUGACCCUAUAGAAACGAUACGAGCCAAGUGUGAGCAGACUGAGCACUGUGUUCACACUAAGGAGCGUCUGGAGAUCUGUGAGGCCCGAGUUGGCUCCAGGUCCAACACUGAGGAGGACUGCACAGAAGAACUCUUUGACUUUUUGCAUGCAAGGGACCACUGCGUAGCACACAAGCUUUUCCACAACGUGAAAUGACCAGCUCCUCCCGUCUCCACCUCUUGCAGCUGUAGAAUCUUUAACUUCUAUAAUUGUAAAAUAAUCAGGGCAGUUCUAUUGUUGUUUUCCAGUGUUCUGAUGUAAAUUAUUUCCCUGCUUUCCUCAACUGAAUGCUGUUUAAUUUCAACCUUUAUGUAUGCAGUGCAUGCCUGUGCAGUCAGGGUCAGAGGCAGUUUGUAAAAUAAGAAUUGCUCAUAGGUGAUGGAAGCAUCCAAGUUGUUGGCUAACAAAGGGCCUAAACAAAUAACCCCUCACUGUGGUCUGUUCAUAUGCAAAAACAGUUAUGCUGCUCUGGUAACUGUAACAGUUUCUCAGGUUCAGUCAUGGAUUCACAGUACUCACCAGAAAAAUAAAAUCUUUCUUCGGUUCUCA